GCGGCCGCGGCAGUCGCAGCGGGGCCAUCUUCGGCGGGCGAGCGGGCUCGGCCUGUGCAGCCCACACCUGCGCCCCUCGCCCGGCCCGAUGGCGCCGCGGCCGCUGGGCCCCUUGGUGCUGGCGCUGGGCGGCGCCGCGGCGGUUCUGGGCUCGGUGCUCUUCAUCCUCUGGAAGACCUACUUUGGCCGCGGCCGGGAGCGGCGCUGGGACCGGGGCGAGGCCUGGUGGGGCGCGGAAGCCGCCCGCCUCCCCGAGUGGGACGAGUGGGACGACGGGUGGAAGGCGGGCCUGAGCCCUCUGGUGCCUUGGUCUUCCCUCGGGAAAGGUCCACCGGGAGGCCGCCAGCCGCAGCCUACCUCCGCUUCCCCGCAGCCCGAGGACGAGGAGGACGAGGAGCCGGCGCUGGAGGAGCUGGAACAGCGCGAGGUGCUGGUGCUGGGGCUGGAUGGCGCGGGCAAAAGCACGUUCCUGCGCGUGCUGUCGGGGAAGCCACCGCUGGAAGGCCACAUCCCCACCUGGGGCUUCAACUCUGUGCGUCUGCCCACCAAGGACUUUGAGGUGGACCUGCUAGAAAGUGAGCGGACACUCUACCCCAUCUCCCCGUCUCCUCUACUGGACCUGUCCUGGAUUCUCGCAGGGAAGAGGGCUUCCAAAAUGCAUGUCUAAGCAGCACAUUCCCGUGUACGAAUCCUUCCCACCCCUCUCUGGGGCACAGGAUUCAGUCCACACUCUGUGCUCUGACAUUUAGCGCCCUUCGUGAUCGGGCCUCUCCAGUUGCACCGCCUGCCCCAUCACCCCUACCAAAGUCGAUAGGCCUAACACAGAGAUACUAACAACUAAGGGUUCACAUGCCAAGCACUUGA